AUGUGCGCAAUCGCCCCCUAUUCCACUCCACACAAUCCCGGCAUCAACUACGAAAUUCUCUUCGAGUCGACUCUAAGCCACCGCACAACUUCACUUGAGGCUGCAAACCAAACAGAUCAUCCGCGUGGUCAGCGCCUCGUGCACAUCUCUGCGGCGUGGUUGGAAUUCGCGACAGCGGGGGCAAUAGCAGUCGCAAGUCGAGCAUGUCAGUGGCUUGUGAUAUGGACAACGGUGACUUCACGUCGAUUAUUCGGGGAAAUCCUCUUCCAGCAACACUCCCCCAGCCUCUCCUUUCAACAGCCCCUGAACACCUUCGGUUUAUCAAGGCGCACUUUUACCACUUCAACAUCUUUUUUCACACCAACCUUCCACCUUUACCAAACCUCACGGAUAUACUUCAUCCUAUCGAUACGACGUGGCCAAGUCAACAUUUCGGCAACUGCAAUGGUGGUUUUCGGGUGCACAGUUGAAUCUAUGCACAACUUCCCAGCGAAAUCCUCACGGGAGGCCGUCCACUGGUUCGAAUCCGCCUUCCCUCGUCCCUGUCGGAUGAGGUAA